GAGGGUACUGGUGAGUUCCAUGAACAAGUUAAUGUGUUGGGCUUUCUCUUGCUUUCAAUUUCAGUUGCUAUUGCUACUGUUACUGUUAGUGUUUAAUAAUGCACACUCUGCCAACAUUGUCAAGACCUUACCUGGCUUUCAGGGUCCCUUGCCUUUCAAGCUCGAGACAGGAUAUGUAUUGGUGGAGGAAUCGGAGCUGUUCUACUAUUUUGUUGAGUCAACAGGAAAGCCACGGAUUGAUCCUCUUCUUCUUUACUUGGUUGGAGGUCCUGGAUGUUCUGGUUUAAAUGGACUAUUCUACCAAACUGGUCCAUUGGCUUUCAAUGGGACAGAGUAUUCUGGGGGUUUCCCACAAUUAAUAUUAAGGCCAUACCCCUGGACAAAGACUGCUAGCAUCAUAUUUCCUGAUGUUCCUGUCGGUACUGGCUUCUCGUAUGCUACAACCCCAGAAGGUUACCUCAUCUCAGACAGUAAAUCAGCUAGGCAAACUUACAAAUUCUUAAGAAAGUGGCUGAUUGAUCACCCUGAAUACAUCUCGAAUAGGCUCUAUAUUGCAACGGAUUCAUACAGUGGAAUCUUUGCGCCAAUCAUUUCACAGCAUAUAUUGGAUGGUAAUGCAGCUGAACUUCAGCCGUAUAUAAACUUGAUAGGAUUCCUGAGUGGCUCUCCACAUACUAGUAUACCGCUAGAGCAUAAUUCAAAAAUACCCUAUGCUCGCAAUAAGGCACUCAUAUCAGACAAGCUUUAUGAGGCAGCCAAAGAAAAUUGCAAUGGGUGGUACUAUGAGGUAGAUCCCUCAAAUGCAAAAUGUGUGGAAGCACUUCAACCAAUAGUUAAGUGCCUUGCUGAUAUCUAUGAAGAAAAUGUUCUGGAACCUAAUUGUGCAUUAAUAUCACCAAAACCAGAUUAUGAAUUUUCUGGAAGAGUUCUCAAAGAAGCCAGAUAUUUCCAUCAUCCAUCUUUAAAACUUAAAGCUCAGGACUGGUGGUGCAAGAUUUUUGUUUAUAUACUUUCAGACAUAUGGGCAAACAACAAGACCGUUCAGGAGGCUCUCUAUGUUCGUGAAGACAUAUACCUCGCUGACAUCGAAAAUGUAAUUCCUUACCAGAAGAAUCUGACUGAGACAGGUUUACAAGUAUUACUUUACACAGGCGACCUUGACAUGGUUAUUCCUCAUAUAUCAACUGAAGAAUGGUUGAGAUCCCUGAAUCUUACUAUAGAUGCUCCUUGGAUGCCCUGGUUCGUUGAUGGUCAAGUUGCAGGGUACCGAGUUGUACAUUCUAAUACAGGAUACCGCUUGACCUAUGCAACUCUCAAGGGAUCGGGUCACUCUCCUACAGAAUACUUCCAUGAACGAUGCUUUGAGAUGUUUGAAAGGUGGAUACAUUUUUAUCCCUUGUAA